GGAACCAAUCAAGCACAACCGGCAAUUGAAUGUGCGCUCCAACACAAAAACAUUCAACUUCGCACGAAAACGUAAUGUAAUUAUUCCGAGUAUUCUCUCAGGGUAGGAAUGGCCGGCGACUGUUGUGUGGUCUUUGGUAGCACGGGAUUUUUACCAACAGUCCAAGACUCGUUUCCAUUUAAAUGGACGCACUUAAUGUAAUGUCUACAAUGUACGUGUUCUUGACAACAUAAAAACUUGUCAAGCGUACAACUGCAGGUGGAUCUAUCAGCUGUUUAAUUUGCUAUUGGGGAAUUACACAUUUCGAAACCUCUAAGCCUGGUGACAUUACACGCAAAGGUUUCCAUAAUUGUUUACUUUAUUCCAAUAUUUUGCCUUGCGGAUUGAUCGUGGGCUGACUUGAGUGUGUUGAACACUGGCGAGGAUUCCCUUGUUCUGACGGAAUUUAAAACCGGGUAGGUUCACGUUUCCUUUAUUAGAUUCCUCAAUCGAUAUUUAUCAUGUCUAUAUUAUUUCUUAUUUACCUGUGUUAACAUCAUGCCAAAAGCAAGCCAACUCUUCUUUCAUGUUUUUAAGUGAUACAGUUCAGCAGCAUGACUUGUUUGACUUGUAUGACUUGCCCAGCAUGAUUUAUACGGACGAGAGGGGGCAGUGUUAAGUCAACAUGGGAAGUUCUGCGGGGAAAUCAUCGUCAUCUGGAAUCAGUGAUUCCAAGAAGAGUAUCGCCCAAGACAAAAAGGAUACUCAACAUCCAGCAUCUCACCCUAUAUCGAACGGAAACACUGAGAGAAAAUCGCCGUCGGAGGAUGUUACAGUGUCCAAGAAAACAGAGAAUGGGGAUAGUAUUACGAACACUAGACAUGAUCGACCAAAGACCAGCAGGGAGAGGGUUAACAUGGGGAGGGAGAAAACGAUAGUGCCGAAAGAGAAGCCUCCUAAACUUCGCCACGAAAAGACCGGGAUGAUGAAGAGAGAGAAGACAAUGGGGCUGACGAGACAGAAGACGAUGAUAAACGACAAAGUGUUCAAGGGCAAGAAAAAGCUGACCAAAACUGUCUCCAACGCUGAUCUGGCAUCUGGGUCGCAGAAAUCUAGCGUGAAUGCGAUUCUGAUGGGCAGUCUGACGGGUGAUCUGCCGUCAACGUCUAAAAUCGUUCGAAUAUUUACCAGUAGUACAUUUAAAGACACAGAGAAGGAGAGAAACAUGUGGAUGACGGACGCCUACCCUAAAAUCAAACUGUUCUGUCAGGAGCUGGGGUACGAGUUCCAGGUGGUGGACAUGCGCUGGGGGGUGAGAAACGAGAGCGUGGACGAGCACAACGGCACGGAGAUGUGUUUGCGGGAGGUGCAGCAGUGUCAGAGGCUCUCCACCGGGCCUAACUUCAUAUCAAUGCUGUCACACAGAUAUGGGUACAGAAAUUUGCCGAGGGUUGUAGAAGCCUCAGAGUUUGAGAAACUAGUUGAAGUUGUUGAUUCGGACUCUAAAAAGGUCUUGCUGAAGUGGUACAAACGCGACGAGAAUGCAGUACCCCCAGUUUAUGCUCUUACACAAAUAAGCAAGUUCCUACCAGAUUUCCUUUCAACGGAUGCCAAAAAGAUGCGAGCAGCCAGCAAUCAGUUUUGGGAGGAGAAUGACAUCAUGCAGAAUGCUUUAGAGACGGCAGCUAGUCAGGUUUUGGGGCCUGAGCAAGCCAGAAAAUAUGUCAUAUCAGUCACUGAAAAGGAGACAGAGAUGGGCAUAUUGGAAGCUGCCGAUCCAGAGGCUCACUGUCUGUGGUUUAGAAGAAGAAUUAAAGGCAUUGAAGAUUUGGAGCCAGCACCUAUUGUAUCCCACUAUAUAGACAGUAAUGGCCCUGAAGAAAAAUGGAGGAAAAAUAGAAGUUUGUUGAAGGAGUUGUGUGACGAAAAGAUUCCCAAGGUUCUUCCUGCCAAAAAUAUUUGUCAGUAUGAUGUUGAAUGGAAACAAGGAAUCGACGCAAACGACCCAGGACAUAAGAACUAUUUAUCAAAGAUGACCUCAGAUUUCACGAACAGAAUGAUCACAAUGAUCCAUGAUGCGGUAGAGGAGAGAAGGAGGUCAGAGACCGGGGAUAAUUUAACCCACGAAGUCGUAAAUCACACCAUUUUCUGCAAAAACAAGCUUGAAAAUUUUUACGGAAGGGAAAAAGCACAAGAGAGAAUCCGUGAGUACCUCAAUAACGACAGCUCCGAUAUUCUAGCGAUUCACGGGCCUUCUGGAAGUGGGAAGACAACUCUAAUGGCGAAGGCAGUGGAAAUCGCCACAACAAUGAAAUCCACGGCCUCUGUCUUCAGAUUUGUUGGAACAACUCCCGGAAGUUCGAACAUAACCGCGCUUUUAGAGAGUCUCACAAGGCAGAUAACUCUUAUUUACCAAGAGGACCUUAAAGUAUCCGAAGAAUUACGGGAACUUGUUGAGCAGUUCGAACACGUCCUUGACUACGCGCGCGCUGAGCGCCCUCUGGUGGUGUUGAUAGAUUCGCUUGACCAGCUGGAUCCAGCUAACAAUGCGCGGAAUCUCUUCUGGCUGCCUACACAUCUUCCAUCUUACGUAAAAAUUAUUGUGUCUACAUUAGAAGAAGAUAUGUACGAGUGCUUCCCUAUGCUUAAGGGCUUCCUACCUCCAGAGAGUCUUUUCUCCAUACCAAAGUUACCAAAAAGCGAUGCUAGAGGCAUUGUGGAUCACUGGCUGAAAAGGAAAGAACGGUGUCUGACACAAAAGCAGAUGGACAUAGUACUGAAGGCGUUUGAGAAAUGCCCUCUGCCACUCUAUCUGAAAAUGUCUCUAGAUGAAGCUUGUCGCUGGAAUUCAUUUUCUCCGGAAUCAGAAACGGUUCUGGAAACUACAAUUCGCAAGAGCAUCGACGCCCUUUUCCAACGUCUCGAAAAGUCUCACGGAUAUUUAAUGAUGUCUCGAUCUAUGGGAUAUCUUACGACUGCAAGAAAUGGGCUAUCUGAGUCAGAGUUAGAAGACAUCUUGUCAUGUGAUGAUGACGUACUAAAUGACGUGUACCAAUUUUGGAAACCACCGCUUCGUCGUCUACCGCCUCUAUUGAUGGCGAGACUUAGAACUGAUCUUCAACAAUAUCUUGUGGAGAGAGGUGCAGACAAUGUGACAGUUACAAGCUGGUACCACAGACAGUUUGUAGAGGCUGCCGAAUCCAGAUAUUGUACCAAAGACACGGUCAAAUUCCUACACAGUCAGCUGGCGGAUUUCUUUGACGGAAAAUGGGCCAAUGGAAAGAAAAAACCGUAUAAAGACAAAGAUGGGAAUGUCAAUGAGGAGGAGCGCUGCGUAAUGUCGCAGCCAUUAAUGUACGGAGAUGCAUACAAUCUGCGCAAAUUGAACAAUCUUCCUUAUCAUCUGAUUCAUGCGGGUGACGUUGAAGCACUUAAAGAAAAAUGUUUAAGCAAUUACGAAUUUCUGCAGCACAAACUGUUGGCAACCUCAUGCAGAGAAGUUAUUGACGAUUUUGACCUGGCAAGACGUAAGUUUCCAAAAGAAAAGGUCCUGGACCUGAUUGGAGGAGCCUGUCAGUUGUCAGAAGAUGACGUCAUAUAUGACCCGCUUAUGUUCCCUUCUCAAAUGAUAGACCGUCUUACAAAUGAACAGAUUGUUGAGGACUUCGUAAAGCAAUGUAUGGCCUGCAAUCAUCCACAUAUCCGCCCCAAUCAAGAAGUUUUAAUCAAGCCAGGAGGGCAGAUGCGACACGCUAUGGCUGGGCAUAGAGGGGCGCUAAAGUCUCUGGACCUGAAAAAGGAUGGGAAAGUCGCAGUCACUUGUUGUCAGUUUGGAGAUGAAAUUCGAACUUGGGAUGUCGCGCGUGGAAAACUAAUACGCACAUAUGAUGGACCGGACCAUAAUCCGUUCUCUGUUCAUUAUGUAAACAAUGAUACAAUGAUCCUCAUUAAUUACAUAUCAAGCAUUAAAGCUAUAAAAGAAUCGGGAGAUGUAAUAUAUACCAUUCAACCCAAAUCUGAUAAAUCUAUAAUGGUUGUGGGAGGAGCCGGAAACACGUGGUUAGGGGUUUUUCAUGACCAAUCGGUGGACUUGUAUGAUGCAAAAACUGGUGAAUUAAAGCACGAAAUCGUCAACAAAAGCAUGGGGGAUCUAAAUUUUGGAACAGAUGGACUUGUGAAAGUCACUGUAAGACCUAGUUACUACUAUAAUGGAUCCGAUAAUUACAUGGUAGUAACCGAUUCCACGCAACAACACAUAUCGGUGUUUAGCCUGAAACAGAAAACGUUCGUCUGCACCCGCCAAGUGUUCACUGAUGACGCCAAAGGUGACCCCCUAACGGUGGACGCCAUGGCGAUUUCUGCUGACGAGCGUCAAGUGUUUUACUGCGAUUGCUACACGAACGACCUUCACAUUGCUGACAUCAAUACUCUGAAGGAUGUGAAAGUGCAUAAAGGUAAAAACGAUGAUUACACCCUUAACUACCAUGCUUUCAAAGACGGAAAGUCAUUGUACUGUAUGUCCAAUAGAGAUAUCUUAAUAUGGGACCUAAAAACGGGAGCACGGAAGUAUAUAUUGGAGCAUUCUUGUAAUAUUACGGAUGCGAAGACUGUUGAUUUUAAGACAAUGGUUACCAUCACUGAAGACAAAGUUGUUUAUUUAUGGGACAUGACUCGUCCAGAGAAGAGGGGACACAAGGAAAAAUUCAACAUAGGGAACAAUGUUUGGAACAUCAUUACGCUGCCGAAUAGUAGAUACGUGGCGGCAUUGUUCAAACAAACGAGUAAUCACACAAACGACUUUGGUUUGAUAGUCUAUGACCUUGUUGACAUGAAAAUCGUGCGGCAAGCAAACCUCAUGGAGACACCGGGGGUGUUCGAAUUGAUCGAUGACGAACACGUGCUUUUAAACAUGGGGAGCAACAAGAUUAAAAUAGUCAAUUUGAACACAAUGACCGUGGUGCACACAUUCCAAGGAAAGAUCCCAAGAUCCAGCGAACCCCAGGUCAAUGUCAUCACUGAUCACAACAAAAUUGUUACGACAACGAAAGGAUCGAGUCAUUUGAAAGUUUAUGACGUGAACCAAGAGGACACGGAGUGUAUCAUUCGGAACCCCUCAUCCGACGAAAGCAUACUCAAAAUAUUUACAAACAAUAAAAGUUUGAAAGUUGCGGCAAUGACAGACUUUAAUAAAGUUAUCGUUUUUGACAUCAAAGAUAAAACGACAUCGGUUGUCAUGGCAUCUGAUAUCAAGGUCAGUGAACUAGGGGAAGUCGUUGCUGUAUCGCCCUCUGGUGACAAUAUUGUUGUAACAGGGACCAAAUCUUUCAAAAUUUAUGACGAGAUCACUGAAGAAACCCUGGCAUAUAUAUGGGACACAAAGAAAGGAAAACUUGUUGCACAACUACAUGAUAGGGAAUACCAAGAAAACUAUGUGUUGAAGGAUAACCAGAGAGGGUUGUCAAUAUCAGUUGAUGACGUCAUGUUCAUAACUGACACGUGGUUUCUGACGUCUGAUGAUGAUUACAUUAUGCGAGUGUGGGACAUAAAUACAGGUGCUCUGGUCAAGCGAUUGAAAGGUCACGAGUCCAACAUUGAGAUGUUUUCUACAACUGAUGGACCUAUAUUUGUAUCGUAUGGUUGUUGGGAGGAAGAGAACGCAAUUAAACUCUGGUCAAUAGAGAGUUUGGAAUGCAUUGCUUCAUUUAAACUAGACUGCACGUUUGGAAAACUGCGGUUAUGCAAGGAUGGGUUAACCUUUGUGACAACAGAGGUCAAUCCAGCGCGGAUCAUCCACUGGAAGUUGCAUGGCGUAGAGGAAGUUGUGGACUUGUCUAAACAACCCGUCACAUUUGGGGGGAAAGUUCUGGAGGUUAACCUUGACCUUCAAGCAGUCGAAGAUUAUGAAGGUGAUCCCAAUGACCCUGACUCAGAUAUAGACUUAAAUGAUGUUGACGAUGAUGAUGAAGAGGAUGAAGAUGAAGACUUAUGAAACAUGUUACGUUUCAUUAAUUCAGUUUAGAUGUAACUUGCGUUUAUCAUGCAUGUAUACAUUUCUAACUAACAAUUUUUUACAAUAAUUGAAAAUGUGUUACUAAGCUGCAGCUGUGAUACUGUUUAUUACGUAAUCAGGGAUAUUAUAGUCACAAGAAAAUAAACUAGAAAAGUCUGAUGGUGUAAAUCAUCAGGCCACAGUUGCUAUCAGCUUAAAAUACUCUUGAUUGUCGGGACGUAGUGCAUCAAGAUUGAUAUGUCCUUUAUACAAUUGUGAUACAUUUCAUAUUCAACUCAUCUUUGUAUGCUUACAUAUACUUAGUAUGAUCUCUUCAUUUCUGUUCUAAAUAAAUUACACAGAAGAUGU